GGGCUGUACGUGGUUGUGGAUGGGCAUUUCCAGUAAAGACCUGAGUUUUUGAGCAGCUGGAGGCCUUGUAUUUUCAAUGAGAUGGAACACAAAUUCUAAUUCUGAAGAUUUUGAAUGGGAUUUAGCGGAAUUUAAUCUGCAUGGCAUCUGCUCAUAUAAUGGCUUACAGAAGAGUUGUAAACUUUCUUCCAAGAGGACAGAGCUUCCUCUUAAGUCAGUGGAUCUAUAAUUUCCCACAACAACACAAAGUCAUCAGCAGGACCACUGGGUUUUGUGAACAUACCAAAGCUCAAAGAGCUCUUCACACAAGUGCACCUUUGACGGUCAAGCUGCUGUCGGUGGAGGAGAUUUUUGCCAAAAAGUCCCUUCAGGAGUAUCUGAAAAAGCUGGAAAUGGAGUACAGUGAAUGUGUACAAGCGGUCAGUGGCGGUGUGUCGGAGGAGCAGUGCAGUGAGGACGAGCUGAGGUCCAAAAGGACCAAAGUCUCUCUGCUGGCUCCGCUCAUCCAGAGCAUCAGAGAACUGGACACCAAGCAGAAAGAGAUGGUUGAGACCGAGACACUCCUGAAAGAUGAAGACCCAGCCCUGCGAGAACUGGCAGGAAUUGAGAGGGAAAGCUGUUCACAAGACAUUGAAGAUCUCAGACAAAAGAUCUUGCAUCUGUUGAUCCCAGAGGAGGAGGCUGAUCUGAGUGACCUCGUUCUGGAGGUGACGGCUGGUGUCGGGGGUCAGGAGGCGAUGCUGUUCACUGCUGAGGUGUUCGACAUGUACCAGGGCUUCGCUCAGCACCACGGGUGGUCUUUCGACACAUUGGAGCACAUGACCAGCGAGAUCGGAGGUCUGCGUCACGCCUCUGCCAGCAUCAGCGGCCCGGAGAGCUACAAGAGGAUGAAGUUUGAAGGAGGAGUUCAUCGAGUUCAGAGGGUUCCCAAAACCGAAAAACAGGGACGCAUGCACACCAGCACCAUGACUGUGGCCGUGCUGCCUCAACCCACUGAGAUCUCUUUUACAAUACACACAAAAGACCUGAGGAUAGAAACCAAGAGAGCGAGUGGAGCCGGAGGGCAACAUGUCAACACCACGGACAGCGCAGUCAGAAUAGUCCAUCUUCCAACAGGCGUAGUUGCAGAGUGCCAGCAGGAACGAUCUCAGCUGAAGAACCGGGAAAAAGCCAUGAAGGCACUGAGAGCGAAGCUAUACAGCAUGAAGCUGGAGGAGGAGACCAGCAGACGCUACAACCAGCGCAAAGUACAGAUCGGAACCAGGGGCAGAUCAGAGAAGAUCCGGACUUACAAUUUUCCACAGGACCGUAUAACGGACCACCGGAUCGGGAUGACUGUGCACGAUGUGAAAAGCUUCCUCCUCGGGGAGGAGCUGCUGGAGGAGAUGAACUCGUCGCUGCAGGAGUUUUCAAACCAGGAGACGCUGAUGGAGCUGCUGCAAGACAGCAGCCGGGACGGAUCAUGAACAGUGUGGAAAGCUCAUGAUCGAUCAUAACUGUGGGACAGUGGGGAAGAAAAGAAAUCUCAGUAAAUGUCUGUGCAUGUCUUCUAUCAUGCCAGUCCAUGAAUGCUAUUUUAAAAUGACAUUUUCACUGGUUUAUUUUCAUUAUUUUAUACAUAAAUUGAGUUUUUUUUCUUGUACACCUGAAGAACACACUUGAUGGGUGAUAUUGAGAGAUUCAAACUAAGACUAUUAAACUCAUUCUGAUGGAUUAACAGUU